UACUAAGUCCAUGUAUGUCCCAACAAUUUAUAACUCCUUAAACCUCACCAUUUAAACCUCAGUAACUCCAUUCUUUCAAAUUCCCAGAGCCACACACAAAAUCCCACCAUAUUCUCUCUCUCUCUCUCUCUCUCUCUCUCUCUCUCUCUUAAAAGUUCAUAACUAUGUGCCAAUUAUCUUCACCAUCUCAUCCUUGCAAAAGCAAUUUAGAGUUAGACCCAUCAACCAAAGUACAAAAACAAUCUGACAUGUUAAGUACUCCUUUGGUCCCCAAGAAUCCAACAUUAUCUCAACCACAAAACACUAAUCCUCAAAAUAACCAUCUUUCUUUAGCAAUCAAAGAAGCCAAAUGCAUAGCCAAUAUUGCUUUUCCAAUGAUAUUAACUGGGCUCUUACUCUACUCUCGCUCCAUGAUUUCCAUGCUCUUUCUUGGCCGUCUUGGCGAGCUCGCCUUAGCCGGUGGCUCUUUAGCAAUCGGGUUUGCCAACAUCACCGGUUACUCUAUUCUCUCCGGUCUUGCCAUGGGAAUGGAACCCAUCUGCGGCCAAGCUUUUGGUGCUAAAAGAUAUAAGCUUAUUGGCCUAACUUUACAAAGAACCAUUCUGUUGCUUUUCUUGAUUUCAUUUCCCAUAGCUUUUUUAUGGUUCAACAUGAAAAAGAUCCUUAUCUUUUGUGGCCAAGAAGAUGAUAUAGCUACAGAAGCGCAAUCCUACAUUCUUUAUUCACUUCCUGACCUUAUCUUGCAAUCACUUCUGCAUCCUUUGCGUAUAUACCUUAGAACUCAAUCCAUAACUCUGCCUCUGACAUUUUGUGCAGCUCUUUCUAUUCUUCUACAUAUACCCAUUAACUAUUUUCUUGUUUCUGUUCUUAAUCUUGGAAUUAAAGGCGUUGCCUUAAGUGGGAUUUGGACUAACUUCAAUCUUGUAGCUUCAUUGAUCAUUUAUGUUCUGUUCUCCGGUGUUUACAAGAAAACAUGGAGUGGGAUUUCUUCAGAGUGCUUUAAAGGAUGGAAAUCUUUACUGAAUUUAGCAAUUCCAAGUUGCAUUUCUGUUUGUCUUGAAUGGUGGUGGUAUGAGAUUAUGAUAUUAUUAUGUGGGUUGUUGUUGAAUCCAAGAGCUACGGUUGCUUCGAUGGGAAUCUUGAUUCAAACCACUGCUUUGAUAUACAUUUUCCCAUCUUCUUUGAGUUUUAGUGUGUCGACAAGAGUUGGUAAUGAAUUGGGUGCCAGUAAUCCUCUAAAGGCAAAAUUUGCUGCUAUUGUUUGUCUCUCUUCAAGCUUCUUUUUGGGAUUUUCCGCAUUGUUUUUCGCGGUUAUGGUGAGGAAUGUUUGGUCGUGUAUGUUUACAGAAGAUGCAGAGAUCAUUGCAUUGACAUCAAUGGUUUUGCCUAUAAUUGGUCUUUGUGAGCUUGGAAAUUGCCCACAAACAACUGGUUGUGGUGUUUUGCGGGGAACUGCUACGCCUAAGACCGGUGCAAAUAUUAAUUUGGCAUGCUUUUACCUUGUGGGUAUGCCUGUUGCUGUUUUCUUAAGUUUCUAUGCUGGCUUUGAUUUUAAAGGUCUCUGGCUUGGUCUCUUAGCCGCCCAAGGCUCAUGUGUUGUGACCAUGUUGUUCGUUUUGACUCGCACCGAUUGGGAAUUGCAAGCCCGUAGGGCUAGACAACUCACAGGAAAUGUAGAAAAUGUGGGUAGCGAUGAUCAUGACAUUGAAGAGGAGGAUGAGAUACUAAAGCUCGAGACGGAACGAUUGUCCAAUUCAUUAAGAGAUAACAAUUUAUUAGUUUAGUUGAGUACGAAUGCGAUGGUAAUUUUUUUUUUUUAUAAUAGAUAUUUGAUUGAUAUAUUCAUUUAAUUUUCAUAAGAAUAUAUGUUAUUAAUUUUAUUAAUUUUUUUCGUUUACUUGUAAAAAAGAUAGAAUUUGAUUGAAUAUUAGAGAAGUAGUGCCUUUGUUUGAUCCAUUGUUUCUUAUGGAAAGAAAAAUUGGAACAUAGAUUUCCUUGGUGUAUAACAAACUUCUGUGGAAUCAUGAUGUUAUUCUUUUGUC